UCCUGGGAGAGACUCUCCAGCCUCAGGGCAGAUCAAGGUGGCAUCUCUCCAGAUAUGCAGAGCAGGGCAUUGCUCUUGGUCUCUACUUAUAUACUGCCCAGUGGGCGUAAGGAUCCUAGGACUUUCUGGUUAUCGUGAGUGAGUGAUGUCAGUGGGUUCUGGUUAUCAGGUGCAGCCUUGGGUGAAGUGGAGCUCCUAACUAAGCUAUUUUUACAAGUGCAAAGGCUUAUUUUUCUUUUCACUAUGCUCAUUACAGUGUGCUUAUAGGGGUGGGGGCGUAGAGGUUUGCAUAUAUGUGCAUGUAGACACCAGAGGUCCACCACAUAGAGGGCUUUCUAUCACUCUCCAUCUUACCUUUUUCUCGAAACAGGGUCCUGCACUGGGACUGGCGCUCACAGAUUUAACAAGAGCAGCCAACCAGAAGCCUCAGCAAUCAGCCCUGUCUGUCUCCCCAAAGCUAGGAUUACAGCAGUUAGCUGACACACCCUUUUUAUCUUGAUACUGAGGAUCCAAACUCAGGCCCGAGUGCUUGUUCAGGGAGCACUUUACCAAAUGAGUUAUCUCCGCAGAUAUAUUAUAUAUAAUACAAUACAUCAAAGCAUCCUCUACCAAAGCUCGCCCACCACCCCCUGCCCAAAAAUGGUGUGCCGGCAGAUGUGUGAGGAGCAGCUGGGGCACAGAAACGCCUGAGGGUUCCUCCUGGGAGGAGCUGUGGGCUGGCCCAUAGGAAACUUGGACUGAGAACUUGUGUGAGUUCCAAGUGGGCCAGAGGGUAAUGAUCGACCAGGCGCGGGUGCCUGCAGGGAGCGCUCACAGCUGCAGCAGCUCCCUUUGCCCCAGGCCCUUGCGAAACAAAAGUCCUGUAAGUUGGGGCAGGCAGUCGGGGGAGGCAGGACGCUCUAGACCGCCCUCCCGCCCUUUAAUCCGUCCCGCCCCCAGCAGAGUUCAACCCAGCCCCACUAUGCAGAAAGCGGGACUGCUGCUAGGUGGCUGGACUCGAGCGUGGAGGUGGGUGAGAAUGGCCAGCUCCGGAGUGACUCGCCAAAACCCACUCGCAAAUAAGGUGGCCCUGGUCACUGCCUCCACCGACGGGAUUGGCUUCGCCAUCGCCCGACGUCUGGCUGAGGAUGGGGCCCACGUGGUCAUCAGCAGCCGCAAACAGGAGAAUGUGGACCGUGCUGUGGCAACGCUGCGGGGAGAGGGGCUGAGUGUGACUGGCAUCGUGUGCCACGUGGGGAAGCCAGAGGAUCGAGAAAAGCUGGUAGCCACGGCUGUGAAGCUUCACCAAGGGGUUGAUAUCCUGGUCUCCAAUGCCGCUGUCAACCCUUUCUUUGGAAGCCUAAUGGAUGUCACAGAGGAGGUGUGGGACAAGGUUCUGAGCAUUAAUGUGACGGCUACGGCCAUGUUGAUAAAAGCGGUGGUGCCAGAAAUGGAGAAACGAGGAGGCGGCUCGGUGGUGAUCGUGGGUUCCGUAGCCGGCUUCACUCCAUUCCCUGCUCUGGGCCCUUACAAUGUCAGUAAAACAGCUUUGCUGGGUCUUACUAAGAACUUCGCCUCAGAGCUGGCCUCAAAGAACAUUAGAGUGAACUGCUUGGCGCCUGGACUCAUCAAGACUCGUUUCAGCAGUGUGUUAUGGAAGGACACAUCAAAAGAGGACAUCAUAAAAGAUAGCAUGAAAAUUAACAGGCUAGGCAAACCAGAGGAUUGUGCUGGCAUAGUUUCUUUCUUGUGCUCUGAAAAUGCCAGUUACAUCAAUGGCGAGACGGUAGUGGUUGGAGGAGGCACCCCUUCUCGCCUCUGAGGACCACCUCUAAGGACCGAGAGACAGCCUACCAGGGCUAACUCCAGCUGGUGUGUGUGGGAAGGGUGCAAUCCACCUUGUCUCUGUGGCCCUUCCUUGCCGCUGAUUUUGUUCACCCCACAAAAUCAGCUCUACCCGGUAAUAAAUCCCUGCUUUCUCUGUGGUCAAAGUGUGGUCAGAUGAGCAUCUCUGCUGUUGCUAUGGCCUUGUAAAAAGGCUUGGGGGGUGAGGGGGGGGGUGGAAAGGACUUUCUGAGAAGACUGUAGCUACCUUGAUGAAGAGCAAGUCCCCCUUACCCGCCCCCUCCCCGGUCUCUGGAGAAUUUGAGGGGAGAGAGAAGGGACCUGGAGUGAAAGGAACAGAAAUGAAAAUUAACAAUUUACAAAUAAGGUACAAAUAAAACGAAGAUGAUCGCGUUGCUCUGAA